AUGAAUUCAAAUUCAAGUCAAUUGUCAUCAAUGAAUUUUGAAGGUCAUUUCUGUGAUGGAAAAGUGUGGUCAGAAUAUCUUGCCGAGCUGCUUGAUGUCGAGUUAGUCAAUUGUGCAUUUGGCGGAGCUACAUCAGACAAUAGUCUCAACAAAGAAGUAAACCAACAACCUGACGUUCCGGGACUUAAACAGCAAGUUCAAAAUUAUAUUUCAAGCAGAGCUAGAUAUGAAAAUUGUGACCGAACUCUUUUUGUUUUGUGGACAAUGGGACAAGAUUAUACCAUAUCAAAUUAUACCGUCUCCCCUAAAACCAUACUCACCAAUAUAGCCUCCUGCGUCUCUUUAUUGAUCAACCACUUGGAUGCCACACACAUCCUUAUUCCUGGAAUUCCAGAUUUAUCGCAAUCACCAUUACAUAAAAAUGAAUCAGAAGAACAACUUUCUUUAAUCAAAUCAGUCUGUAAAAGUCAUAACCGGGCAUUGAAAAAUUUCAUAGAAUUACUCAAAAAGAUAUAUUAUCAUAUAAACAUACAUGGUUAUGAUACAGAAAAUGAAAUAGAGACGUUAAAAGAGGAAGCAUUAAAUCAGGACUGGGAAAAAAUAGGAGAAAAGUUGUUAGAAUCACCGAAAAAAUCGAGUCUUCAAAAGAAUUUGGGGAUUAAAAAUGUUAGGGAUGAAUUCAUAAAUCCUUAUGAUGGUUCCAUAAGCGGAGAUUUAGAAGGUGAAUACUUUACUCCAGAAAAAUAUUUUUAUUGGGAUCUGAUACAUUGGAGUUCUAAGGUUCAUGAAGUUGUUGCUGCUGAUUUAUUUGAGAUAGUCAG